AUGGUACCUAAUCAUGAUUCGUUCGCAAGUGUCAUCCGCGUGAACGUCGCGUUGUUGAGACUCUCCGGCAUAGCGUCUUACAAAAACGGAAGUAUCCAGCUUGAGGACCGAUCGAGCUCGCGGAACGUUCUCAGCGCGAUCGCGUACGGUUGCCUAUUCGCAUACGCGGGUCUGUACACGUACGAAUUCGCUUUGAGGACCGUCCAUCUCGACACCUGGAUGGAAUCGUUCGCAAUGAUACUCUCCCUCGUGGGCGGGCAGGCACGAUUCACGAUUCUCCUUCUGUUUCGGAGUAGAUUUCAGCGAUUACUAAUGAUCUGCGAAAAACUCUGGUCGGCGUUGAACGUGGCCGAGAGGAAGUACGUUCGCGAUUACGUAAAAAUGACGAGACACUUGACCUACUACUAUCUAUUCGGAUGCGCGUUCACAAUCUUCUUUUACGCCGUGGCGAGUCUCUUCAUGGGACACCACGACGAUUCGUCGAACGCAACGGUGAGAACGCUACCGUAUGCCUGUCCGGUGGCAGUCGAUCGGACGCCCUAUUAUGAAAUAAUGUAUAUCGCCCAAUUGUUCAGUAUGACGAAUGUCGGUCUCACCUGCGCCGCUGCCGACACGGUCGGACCGGUACUUAUCUUAACCGUUUGUGGCCACUUUAAGGUUCUUAAUACGCGACUUUUACAUUUGAGAGAUCGCGACCGGGUAUAUUCGCAGGUCGUUUCCGAAGAAUCGCAAUCGACUCCUACGGAAUCGCUCGAGAUGACAAUGCUGGAGGAAAAACGUAACGUGGCGAAAAAUCUUAAUUUGAUAAAAUCUGAUCUCGAGGCCUGCGUGUACUACCAUCAGACCAUGCUCGAACUUUGCAAGGAAGUGGAAAGGCUAACCACCAGCAUCUUUCUAACGCAACUACUCGGCAGUACAUACAACGUGUCUCUCGUGGGAUUUAAAUUAGCAGGGGAUGAUCCUGAUAAAUUUAAAUAUACAACACAACUGUCGAUUGCAAUGAUUCAACUAUUUUUGUGUAAUUGGCCGGCAAAUGUCCUUCUCGUCGAGAGUGCAGACGUAGCAAGAGCGAUAUAUUUCAUGCCGUGGUAUCGUUUCUCACAUCAAAUAAAAAGAUCUUUAAAUAUUAUCACAAUGAGAUCUCAGAAACCAACGCAGCUAACUGCCGGCUACAUCAUACCGUUAUCCUUACAAACAUUCGCAUCUAUGGUUUCAUCCGCGGCAUCCUUUUUCACCAUGAUACGCGGUAUGAAUUGACGAAAUUGACAACGUUUAUCGAUGUUAGAGCAAAGUGUGUGUACAUUUUUACGUACAUUUUUAAGUAGAACAUAUGUGAUUAUUAAUAUUUAUGAUUGUUGUAACAUUGUGUAACAUUGUGUAACAUUAUUGUGUUGACACAUGGAUCGAAUGAGUAUAAAAAGUUCAUA